AUGACCCUGCGGCGGCGGCGGCGGCGGCGGCUCCGGCCGAAGGACGAUGCGGCACCGGCGGCGGCCCCGGAGAGCCCCGGGCCCGCCGAGCUGUACCGAGCGCUGGCGGCGGCCGGCGGGACCCUGCCCCGUGUGCGCAAGGACACUGGGUUCAAGUGGGCAUCGCCCAGCCAGUCCCCGGAGGAGCACAGGAAGGUGGUGACGCUGCAGAAGAAGGCAGAGGAGUCCUUUGGCUUCGAGAUCCAGACCUACGGGCUGCACCACCAGGACAGCAACAGCGUGGAGAUGUUCACCUUCGUGUGCCGCGUGCACGGUGGGAGCCCGGCCGAGGCCGCGGGGCUCAAGGCUGGGGACACCAUCACGGGCGUCAACGGGCUCAACGUGGAGGGAAUCCGGCACCGGGAGAUCGUGGAGAUCAUCAAGAGCUCAGGGAAUGUUCUCCGGCUCAACACUCUCUAUGGCACAUCCAUCAGGAGGGCUGAGCUGGAGGCACGGCUGCAGUACCUGAAGCAAACCCUCUACGAGAAAUGGGGCGAGUUUCGCUCGCUGAUGGUGCAGGAGCAGCGGCUGGUGCGGGGCGUGGUGGCCAAGGACCCCAGCAUCUACGACACGCUCGAGUCCAUCCGCUGGUGCCUGCAGGGGGAGGCGUUGCCGGGGGGCUCCUCCCGAGCCAGCGGCAGCGAUGACUCCCUGUACCAGACCUGCGUCUUCGCCUCCUCCAGCUCCCUGAACGGCGACAAUGAUGGUGACAAGGACAAGGAUGAGGACAUCGGGGGUCCCGCGCCCCCUCCCCCGCGCCCCCGGCCCGCUCUGGGUCGCAGCUCCAGCCUCAGGUGUCCGGGGGCACCGGGGGCUGCGGGGAAGUUUUGGGCCCGGGCCGGGGAUCCCGGGGACGGAGCCGCCGCCGUCCCCCGCAAGAACCGGCACAGCAGCUUCCGCCAGCGGCUGCUCAAGUUCAUCCCGGGGCUCAACCGGGCGCUGGAGGAGGAGGAGAGUCACCUCUAAGCCUCCCCAGGACUAUUUAUUUAUUUAUUGUGAGGGGCUUCGUUCGCUCUGCCCACCCCCAAUCCCUGCGGGGCCGCACGGAGCAGGUUUGGGGAUUGUGACGCUGAGGGACGGACACAGCAGCAAGGGACAGACAGACGUGAGGACACUCCUGGAGCGGCUCACGGAGCUCUGGGGAGGGGGAGC